UAGUAGUAGAGUUGUUGGUCUUCGUUCCACUGCUGCUGCUGCUGAUGAAGGAGGAGGAGGAGGAAGGAGGAAGGAGGGGGCUGGUGGAGGCAGGGAGGGAGGGAGGGAGGAGUAGAGGAAUAGUAGAGGAACAGAGCAAUAGCAGCAACAGCAGCAGCAGCAACGCUUCUCUUUCAGGAGGAGGAGGGAGGCGGACAAGAGAGAGCGGAAGGCGCGGCACAAGCCAGCAGCCAGCCUCUCUCUCUCGCUCAGAUCUUCCGUCGCCGGCUUUCGCUCGCUUGCUCGCUGUGUUGUUUUGCUUCCAGUCGUUUUCACACGUGCCCUGCGCUUGUUGUGGCGAACAGAUCUGGCUAUGGUUCAAUUAAAGAUCCUAAGCUAUAUUCUUCUGUAGGAUUUACGGUUUCGCUGGUUUGGGGAAUUUUCAGCUCAAUGUAUGCCGAUUGACGGCUUCGACUGCGUUGAUACUUCUAUUUCCCUCGCGCAGCCAUUCCUCGAAUAUUUUAAGUAUAUUGUGCCUUUCUACUUCUGCCUGAAUUUCGGUUGCCACUACCAUUCUAGUGUUGUCAACUCAAGAGAUGUUACUCACUUUCGUCCACCUCGCAUAACACAUACAUCAAAAUUAUUUGGGAUUGGGAUUUGCAGUUGAUACUUCGCUAGUGACGAUCUGAUCAAGAGAGGCCUGGUUACCAGGUUUGUUGAGGUGCUUACUUAUCUGACUUGAGGAUGGUAGAGUUUGUCAAGGAUGGAGCCACGGGCAUGGAGAAAGUCCUGCUGCGUGAGCCCGGGGGUGCAACCGCACAAAUUCAUCUUUACGGAGGGCACGUGACGUCAUGGAAAAAUGAGAAAGGGGAGGAGAUGCUUUUCUUGAGCUCCAAGGCUAUAUUUAGACCUCCAAAGGCAAUUCGCGGUGGUAUCCCAGUUUGUUUUCCUCAGUUUGGUGGAUUUGGUGCUCUGGAACAGCAUGGAUUUGCCAGAAAUCGGAUGUGGACUGUUGACCCGAAUCCGCCUCCUCCACCUCCUUUCGCAGGCACUGGCCCCAACAAGCCCUAUAUUGAUCUAGUUCUGAAGCCGGCGGACGAUGAGUUAAAGAUCUGGCCUCACAACUUCGAGCUCUACCAGAGAGUGAUGCUGGGGUUCCACGGUGAGCUCACCUCAAUUAUUCGAGUUCGAAAUACGGAUAACAAGCCUUUCACUUUCACCUUCGCGCUGCACACAUACCUGUCCGUCUCAGACAUCAGCGAGGUCCGUAUAGAGGGGCUCGAGACGUUAGAUUUCCUCGAUAAUUUGCGGGAUAAGGAAAGAUUAACAGAACAGGGAGAUGCGAUCACUUUUGAUUCUGAAGUAGAUCGCAUUUACAUGGGGACUCCUACGAAGAUAGCCGUUAUAGACCAUGAGAAGAAACGGACUUUUGUACUUAAGAAGGAGGGUCUUCCAGAUGCAGUGGUGUGGAAUCCCUGGGAGAAGAAAGCCAAAGCUAUGGCAGACUUUGGUGACGAUGAGUACAAGCACAUGUUGUGUUUAGAGGCAGCGGCUGUGGAGAAGCCGAUCACAUUGAAACCAGGGGAGGAAUGGAAAGCUCGUCAAGAAAUUUCGGCUGUGCCAUCGAGUUACUUCAGUGGCCAACUAGAUCCGUGUAAGGUCCUUAACGGGUGAUUUUUUUCCUUUUUCUUUUAUUUCCUUUUUCUUUUGUAGGUGUCUCGAUUGUUUGGUAGUGGUAGUGUUCAUCUGUUAUUGAAUAUAAUUUACAUUGGUUUUCAUCGAAGUAGAACCCUCAUACUAAUAGGUAGUAUGCCCCAUGUUUUUUGUACUUGCCGCACGAGAAACUCAAAAAAAACGUUCGACUUGAAUACGCACGAGGACAUAGUCAAUGUUGGCAACUUGCUACUGUCUUAUAUACACGACAUUUUUGAUCACUGGUCGGGAGCAGGAAGAUAGAUUCACGUUCAUAACCGUGGGAGUAAUGUACUUAACCUCUGUCCUAGUUGUCUACUUUCUUCGAGUCUGCUCUUAGCAAUUUGAUGUUGUGAUACCUUAAUGAAGGUUUCAACCUCAAUUAUUAGCCUCUAGAUAGGCAUCAUAGGUGGCGGGAUAUAUGGUGUAGGUGAAACUUUCAGACAUUUAUAUGUCUGAAAGUUGAGACAGACAUAUCUUUACAAGUUUCUCAACAAGUGAUCACUUCAAUUCUUUGUGGGUACUUCUGUGCCAACUGUAACGUCUGCUUUCAGGCGUGAAGUUGAGAAAUGUUAGCAUCACACUGAGAUUCAUAUUAGAGAAACAACAAUCGUCUAGAUAACCUCCCUUUUUGUCUAUGGGUACAUAUUUGCUCUGUUGAAGUAGCUUGUACAGUGUUGGAGAAAGGUUAUAUCCAGUUGCUAGAUUUUAAGGCUGUUAUGCUACAGCUUAACCCACUUUUUGUUGGCUUUAAUUUUGCGGCAACAAUCCGUGUAUCUAUUUUGAUGUUUUUACUUGAAGUCUCAAGUGCAAAUUA